UGACGACGUUAUUGUUGACGAAGGACCCCGAAACGGCCGCCAUUCGUUUAAUUUGUCGUAGGCCUACUUGUUAUUAUUGGGAAUGAUUUCUAAUCAACUUGAAAUCUAAGUCAUCCUUUCAUUGGCAACGUUUGGACCGUUAAGUGAGGGCUGUGGCCAGCUCCUGAAGACCUACUUUGGAUACCUUCUCGUAGGCAGCCAUGUUUCUGUACAACAUCACUUUGCAGCGUGCCACUGGCAUCUCGCAUGCCAUCCAUGGCAACUUCUCAGGCACCAAAAUGCAGGAGAUUGUCGUUUCUCGCGGGAAAAUUCUUGAACUGCUGAGGCCUGAUGCCAACACAGGGAAAGUCCACACCCUGCUUACGAUGGAAGUGUUCGGAAUCGUGAGGUCCUUGAUGGCCUUCAGACUCACUGGAGGAACCAAAGACUACAUUGUGGUAGGUAGUGACAGUGGUCGGAUCGUCAUCCUGGAAUACCAUUCCUCAAAAAACAUGUUUGAGAAGAUCCACCAGGAGACUUUUGGCAAGAGUGGUUGCAGACGCAUUGUACCCGGUCAGUUCCUGGCUGUGGACCCCAAAGGCAGAGCUGUCAUGAUUGGUGCAAUUGAAAAACAGAAGCUGGUGUACAUUCUGAACAGAGACGCGGCGGCCAGGUUGACCAUCUCCUCCCCUCUGGAGGCCCACAAGGCCAACACGUUGGUCUACCAUGUGGUGGGGGUGGACGUGGGCUUUGAGAACCCCAUGUUUGCCUGCCUGGAGAUGGACUAUGAGGAAGCUGACAACGACCCUACUGGAGAGGCAGCAGCCAAUACCCAGCAGACUCUGACCUUUUAUGAACUGGACCUCGGUCUGAACCAUGUGGUCCGCAAGUACAGCGAAGCCCUGGAGGAGCACGGGAACUUCCUCAUUACUGUGCCUGGUGGUGCGGAUGGUCCCAUGGCGUUCUGAUCUGCUCUGAAAACUACAU